AUGAGCUUGACACCUAAGAUCGGCAAGUCCCAUUCAUCUUCGUCAUCGAGCGCAUCGACGUCCUCUUCGGCGUCCUCUUCUGUGGCCAUGUCGUCGUCGCAUGGUAGCGGCUUCCACCACCAUCACCCUCACCAGCAACACCACCACAGUGGUGUCGGUGGUGGUGGUGGUCAUCACAGCGGCGAUACCAUCCAGUUGCUGGUGGACAAUGCCAACUUUGUGGUCAAUCCGGAGAUCUUCGCCUCGAAGAAGGACACCAUGCUCUAUCGGAUGUUCUUCUCCUCGCCCUCCAUCGCCAAGCCGAAUGAGAAAGGCCAAUACGUUAUUGAGGGCUUCUCCGCCACCGUCUUUGGCGCCGUUCUG